AUGGCCGAUGCCGGUGUUGGGAGGGGGAUGGGCUAUACUGCAAAUGUAAAGGACGUGAGAUAGAACCACAGCCUUGCAUCACACAGUGCUGUACAUACCCUUAAAAAUAUCAAUAGUAAUUAUUGUAAAAUAAAAUUGUAGGUUGGUGUAUUAUUUGGCAACCCAACGUUAAAAUUACAAGACAGUACAGUGUCUUAAACAGGAGAGAAUAUGAAACUUUUAACCCUUGCAUAAGGGACAUUGAGAAGUUUGAAAGAAAUCCUGAGGGCUGGAGCAGCCGCGCGGUUCACAGUUCAUAGGAAACAUCGAGGUCGCGAGAAAAGGCCUACGGAUCUGAUUCGAAUUGAUGUUGGAAUGUUUGAAAACACAGACACACACACACACAAAUUAAUAGGCUAUUGGAUUACAGUUGAUUUGGACGACGCUGUAGAACAAAAUUCCAGCCGCUAUAAACCGUUCAGUGUCCUCGAACAGUCAAACAGAUGAAUGGUGAACCGGUUGCUUAUGAAUGCAGCAGAUGACGUAAUCAUUCCAGUGUCCCGCAGAAAAACUCCGCAAAUCAAACCCCAGCCAACAGGAGGCAUAAGAACAAAGAACAUGCAGGAUCAUCCACAAAACUGUCCCAAAGCAGUGUUACUCCACAAAGCAAACUCCAGCCACUAGGCGGAACCAUCAUAAACGGCAGCAAAACAGGAAUCCCGGCUCCUCGGGUGAUCAAGAGUCAAGUUCACUAGAGGGCACAUGAAAAGAAUACACCAUGACUUACUCAAAUCGCCAAAUGUAAAAAAGACAUCCUUUGUGUGGGCAUGUAAACAUUUUGCGGUCAUCCAUAGUGUCUAAUCUCAAUCUGGCCGGGAACUUCAGUGCAGAAGCGAUCUUCCGUCAAUGCAAAAGAUUCUUUAAGGAAAAAUGUUAUUCCACCAAAUGCAAAAAGAAACAAAAAUGAUGCCCAACUUCCUCCAACAGUAGAGUCAAUGAACAGCGAGUCAAUCCACUUACAUGAGAAAAACCCCAAUGGUUUACUCACUCAUAGAUUGUAUAAAAGACAGUGCUUGUUUCGGACAUGUGAAUACUUCGCAACCGUCCUUUGUCUCUAUUCUCAGUCUGGCCGGAAACAUCAGUGCAAAAACUAUAUUUCUUUGCAAGAGUUUCUUUCACUCCGUUUCUCUCUUGUCGAAAUCACAAAGUCCGGGAACAAGAAAAUACUGUGAUUUUUCCAAGAAAGCCCUCCCCUGUUCCUUGCCUGGCGCAACACAAGAUCUUUAUCGGAUGAUCUCAGAAAUUUGACCAAAAUCGAUCGUGGCAUGGUUCCCUCAGUAGAUCUACCCGCCGGAACUCUGUGAGCUCGCUCGAUUUCCAGCCCACGGCCCGUUAUGUCGAGCAGACUCGGGAAGAGUUCAUCCAAGAAUUUCACCAUAUCUCUGCCCUCCUCAUGCUCAGGAAUUCCAACAAUUCGGACAUUAUUCCUGCGAUUUCUAUUCUCAAGAUCUUCAAUUUUUCCAAGAACACGUUCCAAAUCAGCUUUGGUCACGGGUGGAUUAGCGGGUAAUUCCCUCUCCGAUGACUCAAGACAAUCAAUUCGUCUUUCAACAUCCAUCACUCUUGUGACUAACUCAGAGAAUUUUUGUUUCCAUCGCCGUAAUCGAUCGACAUAUAACAGCGAGAUCCUCCAAGUCAGCAAGAAUUCUCGUCGCACCAACCAAAUCGAGUCCCCGGUCUGUAGGUCUGACGGGGCUUUCAUCCUGAGCACGUCUAGGUGAUGUGUGUGACUUGGUACAGCGGCACCUCAUCUGAGGAGUGCUUCACUGCUGCCGUUAGGAGCCCGUGAUUCUCCUCUUCCCUCCCCCCAUCCUCUCCCUCCCAUCAACCCUCCCCCACCCCCACCCCCCUCCCUGAGUUGCUGUGCUUGACGUCAUGAGCAUAGUAAUUGCACUGGGAGUCACCACACCAGAGACACCUUACACCGAUAUGGCUGCUGGAUCAGAUCCUGAGUCAUUUGAAGCGAGCCCAGCAGUAAAUGAGAAAAAAUACUUAAGUCACAGCUGUGGGAACACACGGAAUCAUGGAUUUCGAGGCCUGCCAUAUGCUGAUCAUAACUAUGGAGCACCGCCCCCUCCCACCCCUCCUGCGUCUCCACUCUCCCAGACCAUUUUCACGCACACUGAAUGCAAUGGCACUCUGGGACAAUUACGAUCCUGUUUCUCUACCAAUGAACCAGACAUCUUUGCCAACAGUGAAAGCUCAUCGGAGGAGGAGGAGGAGGAGGUAGUGGAGGGGGCAGUCCCACCUGCCUGGUGUGAGUGCCAUGUAAUGCAGGAUGGCUUCCUCAUCAAGUGCAAGAACUGCAGGGGUCUGGAGAAGAAAGGGCUCAAUGGACAAUGGCAAAAAGCAGAGAAUGUAUCAGUGGGAGAGAGCAGUGCUACAGAGAGUGGAGAUGAGGACAUGUCAGCAUCAGCAGUGUCAUACACCGCCACUCAACACACGCCCACCAGCAUCACUCUCACAGUAAACAGAGUAAAACACAACAAAGCAAAGAAGAGAAAGAAGAGCACAGAGAAAACCCGCAGUUCCAAUAAAGCCAAGAAGGUUAAGGCUUACAGGGAGGGUUCCAGAAAAUCAUUGAGAAUGAAGAACUCUACAUCUGAGGCCACUGUUCUGGAUGAGAACACGGCAGAAGGAUGGGAGACACGAAUACGGCAGUGGACAGACCAGUAUGAGGAAGCUCUGGCUAACCAGUACAGCGCUGACAUACAAACCCUCCUCAAGCACCAUUGUGCCAUUGACAACUCUUCCCCCACCCCGGCUACUGUCGUCAUGGACACCAUUAACCGAACAGAACUGGCUUGCAACAACACUGUGUUGAGCUCACAAAUGCAGCUACAGCUUGGUCGUGUGACACGUGUACAGAAACAUAGGAAGAUUCUCAAAGCUGCACAGAAUUUAGACCCUGACACACUCAUCAUUGAAUAUAGAGGCAAAGUCAUGCUCAGACAACAGUUUGAAGUCAACGGACACUUUUUCAAAAAGCCAUACCCUUUUGUCCUGUUUUAUUCAAAGUUCAAUGAAGUGGAGAUGUGUGUGGAUGCUCGAACAUUUGGCAAUGACGCACGCUUCAUCAGAAGAUCAUGCAUGCCUAACGCUGAGGUGCGGCACAUGAUCGCAGAGGGGAUGAUUCACCUGUGCAUCUACUCUGUUACUGAAAUCUUAAAAGAUUCUGAAGUCACCAUCGGGUUUGACUAUGAGUUUAGCUGCUGCAAUUACAAAGUGGAUUGUGCUUGUCAUAAGGGCAUUCAAAAUUGUCCAGUGCAGAGACACAACCUCAGCCCCGUUGAGCUGCUGUCCCCUCAGUCUUCUUUCUCUGCCCUACCUGGAGCAGAAACGAGGAGGAGACGAGCACGACGUAGAGAAAUGGAAGGGGACAGGCUUAUAACUGGUGUUUCUGAUGAGAGCAACCAGCUCCUGGAAGAUGCAAGUGAGACACAGGGAGUCAGUGACACAGAGGAUGCUCUUAUGUACAUAGUGAAGUUGGAGGAUGGAGAGGAGUUAGACGAGAAUGGAGCAGUAAUACCAAAUAGACGGUCUCAUGAAGACCGCAAGGAAGAGGCCAUCUUGCACGUUUUUCAGAACCUUGACAGGAGAAAGAAACGUGUCUCUCAGGGUAUAUUGGAGGGUGCGGCUGAAGAAACCAAACUGGAAGGAAAGGAAGCAGAAGAUGGUGUGCUUUCUCUUACAGCAGGAAAUUGUGUGCCAAAUACAGGAGCAGGUGGAGGAGUCAGUACACGACGCACCACCUUUGCCACUGUGGACACAUCAGCCAUUGACUCUGAGAAGCCAUCUGCCAUGCCAAGCACUGCCCCUAAACUGCAAGCUGCCCGCAGCUCCAAAUCGCGUCCCAAGAGCCGGAUCUCUAGAUACCGCUCCAUUUCGUCCCAGCGUGCUCGAAGACAGCGGCAGGCUCUUCCACAGCAGGCAGCAGAGGGAGUUCUGAUAGGAGGUGAAGAGGGGUGUACAGGGGCAAGUCUUGGAGAGCAUAGACAAGGAGAAGGAACUCUGAGCUCUGGACAUCUCCAGGAUAGAGACACAUAUGGAGCCUCCUCUUCAGGGAUGGGUAAUAAGGCAAAUGUCAGAUGUCCUAAAACCAAAAAGUAUGUGGUAACAGAGUGGGUAGAGGAGUCUUUUGCAAGCCCCUUACGCAUCACCACUGACCCCACAGUUCUGGCCACCACCCUUAACAUGCUGCCAGGACUAUCUCAUUCACCUUUCAUCUGUACUACACCCAAACACUAUGUUCGCUUUGGUUCACCCUUUAACCAUGAAAGACGCCGACGACCACUUAUCGUUGAUCCCUCAUAUGGUUCUUGCAAGAAGAGGUGGAUGAAACAAGCACUGGAUGAGAGCAUGUUAUCUGGUCCCUUGGAAGAUGGAACAGAGUCCAAUUCUUCCCAAAAAAGUAACACCAGCCAUAGCAGCUCUCUUCCGUUCAGACCUGAGCUGACCAGACCAUUUAAGAAGAGGAGGUUAAAGUAUGCAUCAGAAAUGGCACCUCCACCCUUUGAACUGUUGUUGCGACCAUUGUCCCCCAUCACCCCACCACUGUCCACUGAACUUCCUGUGACGUCUCUUCAUCCGCUCCUGACUCCUUGCCCACUCUAUUUAGGUGGUGAGGUAGAAGGGCAGAAUGACAGAGUGCUUUCCUACUCCCCUCACACAUCACUGCCAGCCAGCCGCUGCAAUACACCUCUUCAGUUUGAGAACAUCUCUUCUCCUGAGGCCUCUCCUUUGCACAGAUCAGAAUCUCUGACUCCAGAACCAAGUUUGCGUCCAGACUUCACUUUACGGGUCACAGCUUUUCCAGACCUUUCUUCAAGCCUGGAAAGCCCUGCUCCAGUGUCAGAUGACUUAUCACUUGCUGCUCCAGACUCCUUGAAUGGAUCCAGAGGUGGGACUCCCCACAGUUCAGCUCUUGUGCCCACUAUAGGUGACUCUUCCCUGGUUUCAAAUGCCACUGAGGCACAGGGCCAAGAGCAGGCCUUUAGGACAGAAUUUAAUCUAAUUUACGCCUGCUCUCCUCUCAAUGCCAAUCUGCCCACUGGGCCUGUAAGUGACAAACACUUCCAACAAUCAGAGGGAAGCUUUUCCAUGGCUGACUCUGACUUCAGCACAGUGUGUAGCCAGGGGCUGCUGAUGGAGGCGGGGUCUGGCUCUCUCUCACCAUAUACGGACGCACAGUUUGGAGGCGGAUAUUCAGAGAGCAGCACAUCCCCUCACCCCAACAAUGCACCACAGAAGAAGAAGAGGGUUAUGGUGAGUGCUGAUAGUCAGCUGGCUGGCUUGGCUGGUUACCAGGCAUUAGCUGUAAUGGGCCAGUUCAAGCCAGUGCAGAACAUGGUCUCUCUGUUGGAGUACAGGAAAAGGAAGCAGGGGUUAAGGGACAUAGCACCCAUCGUCACACACCUCAACUCACUCUGCCCUCUUAUAGAGUCUCCAGGGCGGCAGCACUUACAUCUUCAGACCUCAGUCUCUCCACACAACUCAUUCUCGCCAGUACACCAAACUUUCCCUCAGAUAGAGGAGGUCAGUCCUCCUGACAUCAGGUCUGGAAACAACACACUGACCAAAGUACCGGGAGGACCAGAAUCCAGCCACUGGAUGGUACCUACAUCAGUUGAGCGGUUAAGGGAGGGACAUGGAGCUCUGGAGCGUGUUCUGAGGGGUAAUUUGAAGAUAGAGUGUGCUCUUAAAAGAGCAGAGGCCGGAAUGAAUGAUCAAAUCAGCAGUCGUGACAAGAGCCCUGAUGGAGUUGAGAUGGACAAGCAUGACCUUCAGAGUUCAUCUCUGGCCAUGAGGAGUCCUUCUGUCCACCCACAUCAGAUGCUGCCUGUCCAGCCAGAAUCCCAUCAGCACUCGGAGAGCCCCACCUACAACCAACAAAGCUCCUCCUCUCCAUUCUGUCCCUCUUUAAUCCCCUCCCCUUCCCCCUGCAGUUCUGGAGGGCAGGGUUACUAUUCCUCUAAGCUGACCACACACACCCAGCAAUCUCUAGAAAUCCCUGCCUCUUCAGGAAUACCCAUCUCCUCAUCGAUGUGUGCGUCACACCCUCACAGUCACAGUGGAGGUGGUAUGGACACCUCUCAUGUUAAAGCUAAAUGGUUAGACAGCACCCUGUCAGCUACUCUCACUUUACCUGCCAGAGUUCAAGGCCACCUUAAAAUGGACGGCGCUGCAGUAGCACACUCACAGGGUGCUCAUAGCUCCAGAUUGGCACAGUCAUCCAGGGUGUACAGUGCUAAUCAAGCAAACUUAAGACAUUUAAGAGCUUCUGGAGCACAGCACUAUUCACAACGACAUUUACAGGGUUCAGGGGUACAGACACAGUCAGGGACCUUUUAGGACCCUGUGUGUGUGUGCGCGUGUGCAUAUGCGUCCGUGCAUGUUUGUUUCUUUGUGUGUGUGUGUGUGUGUGUGUGUGUGCGCGUGUGCGUGUUUGUUUGUAUGUGUGUUUGUUUGUAUGUGUGUAUCAGAACGAGAAGUGUGUAUGUGUGACAUCCACCUCACCUAUACCUGUGGAGAAACUCUGUGUUGGGAGAGGGAAUUUGAUGUAUAGACUUUAGGAGUGUCCUCCUUUCUGUAUGAAUGGUCUCCUUUUUGUCUUUAAAUUUUCCAGUUCUUUUUCCAAAAAAUAAAUUGACAUGCAAUUUAGGGUGGACUUCAUAACAAUCAUUGAAAUCAAUGGAACAUUACAGUAGCUGUUUUGGAGUAUAAAAUAAUAUUAAAGUGUAUAACUGAAAAUUCACCCAGAAGUGUCAAUGACUUGUGCAGCCUUAGGUGCAAGUAUUUAAGAGUAGGUGGUAAAUUGCGAAAGCGUAACUGUAACUGUUUUUCUAAAAGUAGGGUUUCUUGUGUUUAAGACCUCUCAGAGUAAAAGUGAACAUUCUGAUCUUUAAUUACUUUUUAACUCUGUCUAAUGAAUGCUAUUAUGACCUUAUGAAAUGGCACUCUUACUCCUAAAAUGCAGUACACGUGGGCUCAGCGUCAAAUUUUUUAGUACAUUCUCUGAUUUUCAGUUGUAUUAAUAGUCAUCAUCAGAACAGUCUCAUAGUGUUUUCAUGGAUGGCAGACUCACUCUGAAGCAUUCCAGUGUCUCGUUAUCUUUAGGGUCAGUUGGGCAUCUACCCAGUUGAACUGUCCUUUUAGUGUCAUAAAAUUACUCUUGGUUGUGGAAAUUAAUAUCUUCACUUAAUAUGUAAUACUUGACAAAUAGAUUUUAUGGUGCUUCAUCUGUCUUAUUUUAAUUAUGUUCGUUAAUCUUGAUCUUGAAAAUAUGAUCGUGGUCACCUCUUUUAAGACAUGCAAUUGUCAGGUGAAAAUAUUUGGUUUUCAAUGAUUGUUAAAGACUCUCUGUGACUUGAAAAGCACAGGACAUUUGGAAAAGAAGUUGCAUCGCAGAAAUGUUUUUGUUAUACUGCGUUAAAGUAUUUUGACCCUCCCAGUCUUUGAAUCCUGUAGUGUAUACAUCAUACUUUUUUUGAGAAUGAAAUUUCCUCUCUUUUUGACCAGUCCUUGCAUUCCAGUCACAAAAAUAAGAGAGGAGGAAAAUGCUUGGUCAAAUGGUUUGUCAUGCUGCCCCAAAUUUAAGUGUUUUCCACAUUUUUUGUUUUUUGUUUUGUUUUGCAAAAAGCUGCUCACAAGAUGGCCCUUUUUAACGAAAUAGGCAGAGUGCUAUACCUCACUUGGGUGACACCUUUCUUAAACAAUGUCACCAAGUCAUGUGCCAUGAUGACCACAGUAGUGGGAUAUUGAACAAAACAGAUGUCCCUUGAGAACAGUAGUCUUUACACCAUAGCUGUCUGCCUGGUGGACUUACUAAGGUCCAGCAAUAUAUGGAAAAGAUUAAGAUUUUGUUUUUCUUGUACCCUAAUGCAAAAUGAUCUUUGAAAGAUGAGGGUUUAAUGUGGUCAGCCUUAGUUAACUGGUUUACAUGAAUGUUUGUCUGUCUUAGAGGAAAAAAGUAUUGGAAAAAGGCUGUGACCUGGAAUUUUCCAGCACCUUAACAACAGAAAGUUAUAAACCAAGAAACUAAAUUGAUCAUGUGUAGUGGGUGAAAUGUCAUUCUGUUCUCUGAAAAAUAUAGUAUACCAGAUUUGUUGCAUGAUAUUUCUUUUUUAUGUGUCAUUGUAACGGUUGAAGUGUUGUAUUUGAUCUUGGGAUAAGGUUUGAUUGGGACUGAUCACUUCUAAACCCCACUAACAUUUGGCACUUUUCUCGCAAUAUUUAUUAUUUUUAUUAUUUUUUUUUUUUACACAAUUUCCCUUUUCAUGACAGUAAAAAUCAAGUCAUGUAAUGCAUUUUAAUAAAAUAUUUGUGUCAGAGCACAUUUUUAAAAGUAGUUUUGGCAUUUGUUGAACUUUGCUGCAUAUAAAGAGUUUAGGGUGACUGAUAAAGACGUGUGCAUGUUUGCAUUGAGUCAGAGUAUAACAAUAAAUAUCCUUCAGAGUCAUUCAAAUACAUACACAAGGUCCAGCUGUCAUGAAUAUCUAACAGUGAAAUUGAAGAAAAGUCUCAACUGACAUCACCACACCCUGCUGUAGUCCAGCAUUUGACUGGUAUGUUUCGAUGCACCACAUGAGUUCUGUUAUAAGAUGCUAUAUACUCUGCCUGAUCCUGGAUCAACAUUAGAAAUAUGUCCUUGGUUAAAUCACAUCAUGCUACUUCGCUAGGAGACAUCAAAUGUGUGCUGGAUGUUUUGUUCUACUUGAACUCGUAACUCUUUUAAAUUGAGAGUUUCCACUUACAGAUUUUGUAUUUGUUUCUAUCUUGGCAGGUUUGUUGCAGGGGUACUGUCACCACUAUGUAAAGCUGAAUUUCUCUGCAUCAAGUGCAUUAAAUGUUUUUUUAUAUAUAUAUAAUAGUGUAGAUGCUUGUGGAAAUAACUGCUGUCAAGUUUGUAGAACAUAUGACCAUCCUGAUAUGUUGUCUCCUUAUAAAGACAGUUAUUUGGGGAAAGAAAAAAAGAAAACACUUUAAAAGAUCUGGAAUGCACCUACAAAAUAAAUCAGAAACUGAAGCUGCUUUAAAGAUUUUUAUCAGCACUUACCCUAUAUUUACUGCUGUGCUGAGAGUGUUGGUGUUCACUACUUAACAAAACUGUAACAAUAUACAGAAUACUGUUAUUCUCAGAUCAGAGAGAGCAUGCUGACUUUUGAAUUCACAAGACCUUGGAACAUUUUUUUUAAUAGAUACAUCACCCCUGCUUGUGCCCAAAUGCACUUCCUUUAAUAUCAUCAGCGUUAACAUUUCCGGUGUUUAUUUCUAAUUUCAGUUGAUUGCAAAUAUCCCCAGGGUCGUCAUGCCCAUUCAAACUGGCAUGUUGCCUUUUUGAGCCAAGUAGAUUUUGAAUGUAUUGAACUUCCAAAAACAUUUGUUCCUUUGGUUAUUAAAUUGAAUAAUGAUUGUAUUUAAAGAAUGUCUAAAAUGCUGUGGCGCAUUCACAUGUCUAAAUUUGGUCUGUCCAAUUGAGUCAUGUUCCAAAAUAGGCAGCAUACUGUGGGAGCUCGUGCUAAUGGGGAAGGUCGAGUAUCCAAGGGAAAGUGAUGCGUUAUCCCAGCAAACACAAGUAUGCUUUUAUCCAACAUAAUAUGAGAGUAAUCUUUAACAAAAUAGUUAAUUUAGGUGAAAAUUACAUUUCAUUUUAAAGGAUUUUUAUGAAAUGUGUAAGUCUUUUUACAAUAAUGUUACAAUAAAAUAUUUUUUGUGUAAUCAUCCCCACCCAGAUUUUUA